AUGAUGAACUACAUGCAUCCAGCAAGAGACCCUAACGGUAAGCAAAGUCGCCGUUAUGAGAGUGUAAAGCAAGUUAUGGACAAUUCAGGCGAUUACAAAUGUUGUUUCGACCUUUUUGAUGUACAUGUAAGUCAUCGUUUCCUUUUGUUUAUCAUUUUCUUUUAACUACAACAAAAAAAAGUUAUUAAGUCGUUCAAGUAAUUCUGUGCCCAAACUUAAAGCAAAUUUUAAAAGUUUAGGUAAAGGCUCAGAAUUAGUUGAACAACCUAAAACCUUAACAACUUCGUAUUGCCUGUUAGUUAGUAUAUAUUUAAUUUGAGACUUUACAGUAAUCACUAAUUUUGAAUACAGUACUUUUUAACUUACAAUUAUCUACUAAUAGCUAUUAGUGUACCACUUAUACUAUAAGUAGCUAUAAGUGUACAACUUACUUACUUAUUACUUACAUAUUAACUUACAUUGUUAAUAUGCUCCGAAGUUCCCAAACUUUAAUAAUCACAAAAAUUGAGCCCAAAAUCCUUUUUCAAAAAUUCCAUUUCAGUUCGGCACAUUUAUAAUUGGUCACCUUGGCAUAGCCAUCAGUAUAGUCGAAGCGUUUAUUGUCAGUACAGUACAUGAACAUGAUUAUGCUCCAAGUUUAUGUAUUGUCUUCAUACUGACAGCUUUCUCCUACCUCGCCCUCAUGAUUUCGAAUCGCAUGAAAAAGCGGAAUAUUUAUGUUGUACAUAUGGUCGUUAAUGUAAGUUUUGCCAUUACCUUAUAAGACCAUGUUAUUACAGUGUUUUAUAGGGUUUGUCAUUAAUUGUGACAGUAUUCCUGACAUAUGUCAUGAGUUUCGUUCUUUAAUCGUACUGCCACUACCAGUCGUACUGUAUAGUACAUUAAGUAUAUAACGAUUGCUCAAGCAGUAUAUCCCAUAAGAAAUGUCAUUUUACCUUCUAACUCUUAAAUUUUCAGUGCUUUUUCAUUCUGAUGACAUACAUGUUAGGAUUCGCAUUCAUCAAAAAGUCAGUGUAUGAUCUGCGCAGAUCCUACGAAAUCGACUUUUCAUUUCAAGCGCUAGCCGUUGGAGUAUCGGCCGUUAUUUCCUCGACUGUGUACACGUAUUUUUGGAUUAUCGUAUAUUGGGACUACAACUAUCUUGGCCAAUGGAGACGACUAGAGAGACGACAGGAAUUCGUCAAACAUGUAUUUGUUUUGUUUUGA